AUGGCUUUCAAGAACUACUACAUCUCUCUUCUUCUCUCUCUCAUCACCAUCUUCUCUCUCCUCACUCUCUCUGAUCAAACCAAUCUCAAAACCACCCACCCCCACCACUUCACCCGGCCCCGGCCCAAGCAAAAGUUCGGUUUUAUGACCUUAUUCACCCCCUUCACCCACUUCCCCUCCUUCAGCGUGAGGCCCACCGACGACACCCCUUCCCCCACCACCACCACCACCACCGACGACACCCCCACCACCACCGCCUCCGACGCUGCCACCACCACUGACGCCACCGACAAUGUGGCUCCGAAUGAUGAGCCUAGGGCACCGAAACUACCGGAUGGGGAAUGGGUACUUCUUCACAAGAGUGUAGGCAUAUCCGCCAUGCACAUGCAGCUCAUGCAUGACAACAAGGUGGUUAUCUUCGACCGGACCGACUUCGGAGUCUCCAACCUCAGCCUUGCCAGCGGCCAGUGCCGCCACAACGACGCCAUUAUUUCUGUGGACUGCUCCGCUCACUCACUUAUCUACGACCUCGCCACCAACACCUACCGCCCCCUCACGCUACAGACCGACGUCUGGUGCUCCUCCGGCGCUGUCGACCCCGAAGGCACCCUUGUACAAACAGGCGGAUUUCAAACCGGCGACAAGAGAAUCAGAUUAUUUACUCCAUGCAAGGAUGGGGAAUUAUGUGAUUGGGCCGAAUUGCCCCAAAACUUAACCGUCCGGCGGUGGUACGCCACCAACCAAAUCCUCCCGGACGGACGGGUCAUCAUCGUCGGAGGCCGAGCACAGUUCAACUACGAAUUCUAUCCGAAGAAACCGAAAGAGCUCUAUAAGCUCCCGUUCUUGAGAGAAACAUCUGACCCAUUUGAAGAAAACAAUCUAUACCCAUUCGUGUACCUCUUGCCGGACGGCAACGUCUAUAUCUUCGCGAACAACCGGUCCAUUUCGUACGAUUACGUGAAUCACCGGAUAAUUAAAGAGUUUCCGGUGAUCCCGGGCGAAAAGAGGAGCUACCCGGCAACCGGAGCGUCGGUGCUGCUGCCUAUCCGGUUAACCGGCGGGAACACCAGGUCGCCGGAGGUGGAGGUGAUGAUAUGCGGUGGCGCAAAUGGUGGCGCUUACUUGACUGCAGAAAAGCACAGGAAGUUCGUGGAGGCAUCAAAAACAUGCGGGCGCUUGAAGCUUACGGAUCCCAAACCCCAGUGGGUGAUGGAAGAAAUGCCCAUGCCACGUGUCAUGCCGGACAUGGUGUUGUUACCGACCGGUGAUAUAAUUAUCGUCAACGGCGCGAGUAAUGGUACGGCCGGGUGGGAGGACGCUCGCGGGCCGGUUCUAAACCCGCUUAUUUACAUGCCAGGUGAGCCCGACCCGGGUAGGAGAUUCAGUGUACAAAAGCCUUCGACAAUACCUAGGAUGUAUCACUCCACUGCGCUGUUGUUGCCAGAUGGCAGGGUAUUAGUGGGUGGGAGUAAUCCUCACUCUGGGUACAACUUCAGCGGAGUGCUGUUUCCAACCGAGCUGAGCCUGGAAGUGUUUCUGCCCCAUUACUUGGGCCCACAGUACGAUAAUCUCCGCCCUACGAUCGUGUCUUUGGACGAUUUAGAUAAGGUGGCAACGUACGGUCACAAAAUGGCGUUGAAAGUGAAGUUGAAUAUGUACCGUCAAGAUCUGGGGUUCAGUGUGGCGAUGAUUCAACCGUCGUUUGCGACGCACUCGAUCGGGAUGAAUCAACGGCUGUUAUUUCUUGAUGUUGUUGAUGUUUCUAAAGCGGAGAAGGAUGAGUAUAAGGUUUUUGUGAAUGCGCCAGCAUCGCCGAAUCUUGCGCCGCCGGGAUAUUAUAUGCUGUUUGUGGUCCAUAGUGGAAUACCUGGGCAAAGUAUUUGGAUCAAGAUUAAAUGAUGAUGAGGAUGAUGAAGAUAAGAUCAAUUUUGGUAGUUUAGGGUCUACGAAUUUUGUGGGUGUGUUUCGUGGGCCCUAGUUUUCAUGAUCAUAAGUAGAGACAUGGAUGUAAAUUUAUUCCCUCAGAAGCCGUCUCCUUGGAUAUGUCCAAGUGGGGUCUAAAUGGUCUUUUUACUUGAAUGUAUUUUAAAAAGAGAGGCCUUGUUCGAUUCUCUCUUUCUGUAUGAGAAAAUAGUUUUGCUUUUACUUUGUUUUUGAUGUAAUAAUUAUUUCAUUUGGUGUAGCAAAUAAAAUAUAUAUUUUUAAUUUUUUUA